AUGUCAUCCGACCCGGUAGGCGCGGCCAUCGCGCUAGCUGGCGUCCCCGACGAACCCGCCUCCCUACAUUCACACGCGAUCCGACCCUCAAUAGACUUCAACAAAGCAGCUCGCCGGAAAUCAAGCUCGGAUAGCAUCCCUUUGCCGGAAGAGGACGAAGAUGAAGAUGAUUUCGUCGUCUUUGAGGACCGCAACACGCUACCAGCGCCAAAAUUCGCUCAUGCAGAAUUGGACGAUCUUGAGUCGACAACAUCGAAGCAGCCCACAUUAGGCUCAAUAGCUCGAGCAAGUGUAGAGAGCCUCUCUUUCGGCUACAGAGAUCAUCUGCUGCCGCUCAGUCUGAGCGGAGAUGGCGACGAGACGUUCGCAGGCGACUACGGAGAGAGGGAAGGCUCGCUUUCGGCGGCAGCGAGAGGCAACGGCUCCACAUCGAGAGGCAGCUCAUCGUCACGGUAUGGUCGUCAUGGGAGGACACGCGACCGACUAUCAGAGAGGCGAGUGACGCUGAUCGACGGCAUCGCUCUCACUAUUGGCGUGCAGAUUGGAUCGGGCAUCUUCUCGUCGCCGGGUGUGGUGACGCUCAACACCGGCAGCAUUGGCGCCUCGAUUGUCAUCUGGCUGCUGUCAGGGUUCCUGGCGUGGACGGGCGCCUCGUCGUUUGCCGAGCUCGGCGCAUCGAUUCCGCUCAACGGCGGCUCGCAGGCGUAUCUCAACUACUCGUUCGGUCCUCUCUCGGCGUUCCUGUACACAUGGUCAGCACUGACAGCGCUCAAGCCAGGCGCAGGCGCUAUUAUCGCCACUAUCUUUGGAGAGUACAUCGCCAGAAUUCUCUUUCAUGCUACGGGCAAAGCAACGGACCAUCCGCACGAGACAGGUUUGGACGGUAUUCCAGGAUGGUCCAUCAAGCUGCUUGCUGUAUCCAUUGCAGCGCUGAUCACAGGCGCACAUGCCUUUUCGAACAAGCUCGGCACGCGCACCCAGAUCGCGACGACCAUCGUCAAGCUGCUCGCUCUCACCGCUGUGCCCAUCUUGGCCAUCGUACAAGCAGCGAGAGGCAAAACAAGCCCGAGCUCGCAGCAGGCCUUUUCGAGCUUGGGCAAUCUGUUCGCAGGCAGCUCGACGUCGCCAUCGUCAUAUGCGCUGGCGUUGUAUAGCGGGUUGUGGGCGUUCGACGGAUGGGACCAAUCCUGCUUCGUAGCAGGAGAGAUGAAGCGCGUUGAACAGGAUCUGCCCCGGGUGAUUCACAUCAGUCUCGCAACGGUCAUCUUGAUCUUCCUCUCGGCGGUCGUGUCGUACUUCGUGGUGCUGCCGGCGGAUCUGGUGAAGCGGACGAACACGGUAGCACUCGACUUUGGCAGCGCGAUCUUUGGCACUGGGGGCGGCAUCGUCUUCGCCUUCCUCGUGGCCUUUUCGUGCUUUGGUGCGCUUAAUGGGCAAAUCUACACCACGGCGAGACUCAUUCUUGCCGCAUCACGAGAGGGGUACCUGCCAGAACGGCUGGGCGAUCUGAACAGGAGGACAGGCACACCCGUAGCGGCGUUGGUGCUGCAACUGGUGCUCAUCACCGCAUUCGUCCUCUUCGGCUCCGGCUUUGCGUCCCUGGUCAACUUUUACGGCGUCUGCAGCUGGACCUUCUAUCUCGCCUCCGUGCUCGGCCUGCUCGCUCUCCGCAUCAAGGAGCCCAAUCUCAACCGACCGUACAAGACCUGGCUCGCCACACCGAUCUUGUUUGCUGCGGUAGCGCUGUUUCUGCUGCUGAUGCCGGUCGGCAGCGCGCCAAUGGAAGGGCUAGCAGCGUUCCUCUUCAUCAGCGCUGGUGUGCCGGUGUACUAUCUGACACAGAGUAGGGCAGGGUGGGUCUCGAACAGCCCUUUUCUGGCCAAGAUCAAGGGACUAUUUGCCAGCGGUGGAAGUGGCGCGCGGACAGACGAUGGGAGAGGGCAUCACGUGCCGCUGUCGACAUCAGAAGCUGACGAUGGAGCGCGCGAGGACGACGAGGAACAGAUCGAGAUGCUGCCCAAGACGGCGGAUGACAUGGGUAAGGAACGGGCGUAG